AUGCUAUUCGGCACCGUGACGUGUUUCAAAGCUGGCACAAGUUCGUUUGGUCAGCCUACAUCACUCGACGUAUGUGAAUCAAAUCAUUAUUUGAUUACCACAUGUGCUCUCUACCGGCUGGCAAUCACGUAUUUACAAGAUGUUUAUGAUCACGAUCAUCUUGGGGCAGAUUUUCAAGCUAUUAAUGGUACCUGCCAAGACGUUCAUAUGAUUAUCACAACGGAAUUAGCAAAGUUCAACAUUAGUUCAACGUUCUUUCGUCUAGCUCGUGAAGAAAUCACCUUGGCCAACAUCAUGACCGACUUAAUUUAUGAUCCCGCUUCAUACACUCAUUUUGACAAUGAAGAAUUUGAAAACGGCUCAAAAUUCAUCAUGAUGCAACUACGAGCAGCACAAUCAAGUUUGGCACGCCGUGAAUGGCAAUACGCACGUAUGGCAAUCGGAUUCAUGUUGCAUUCUAUGCAAGACUUUUACAGUCAUUCUAAUUGGAUUGAAUUAGGCAUGCGUGAACCUAAUCGAGACUUAGCCAUGGGUCGCCGUCUCGGUUCUAUUGCGGACAAAGAUACAAGGACUUGCAAAAGCUGUAACGGUUCGGAUGAAGACUGUAUUCGAGAUAAUUUGAUUGUUGAUCAAUACCUGACAACUGGCUAUUAUCCCUACACACACCCGAUACAAAAACCUCCUCGUAAAUGUAAUCAUGGAUAUAUAUGCACAUCUUCUGGUGAAAGAAGUGAAGGCUGCGAAGGUAUUAGUAAGGACAGUGUGCAUUCUCCACAUGGACAUUUGCAUUAUAAAGCAGCAUCGAUUGCAUAUAGUGCCACUAUCAAAAUGUUGAACGAACUGAGAGCAUCGGCAAACACUUAUACCUUCAGUAAAUUCCUCGGUCUCACGAGUUCUUUUAGUCUCGUAUUUGUGAUCGAUGUUAGCAAUCGACUACAGCCCUUAGUUGGCAUGAUACGUACUGUAACCUCUCAACUAGUUAAUUCAGUACAAAAUCUGUCUACCAAGCCUAGCAAUUACAUUCUUGCACCAUUCAACGGCUCUCAUUGGGGACCUAUUCAUGUUGUGACAAAAAUCAAUGAAUUUUUCGAUUUAAUCGAAUCGUUAAAUGAAACCAAACUUCAACAUUCAUCUGAACAUUAUUACGAUGCUUUGAACGGAGCACUUAAAACUUGUGAAUCGGAAUCAGUGGCGUUCUUCUUCACGGAUGCACCCAGCCAUGAACCAUGUUCGCAAGGACUUACUAGAGCGUUGGCAAGACUGAAAAAUACCAAGAUCGAUUUAUUAUUUGUUAAUAGUUCGCAGUCAACCACUGAAACAAUCAGCGAACUUAAUCAUUUUGCUGUGACAACCGGUGGUCAUUUCAUCAAUAUAGACAUUACACAACCAACAAUAAAUGGAAAGUUCAUUUAUCGUCGUCUUCAGGAAACACUCGGCUAUGAAUGCAUUCUAUUUCAAUCUAUGUCAAAUCGUCGCGAAGGAAUAUUUAUAAUUGAUACAACGGCAACAUCGUUUCAUAUCAAUGUCGUAUCGUUUAGUCCGUCGAUUGUGUUACAAUUGAUAGAGCCGACGGGUUCGAUUUUCCGACUUGAUCCGUCUGUGCAAAGUGGCUAUCUUCAAAUGUUUUCCAUUGAUGUAACGGCUCAAUCGGAUGUAGGUGAAUGGAAGUACACUUGUAGUAAAGACUGUGCCAUCGAAGUGAAUAUGAAGAGCAAAUUUCGAUGUCGAACACAAUUAUAUGCACCAUUAUCAAAUGAACUGGGUGAAGGAACAGUCGUCGCGCCUCCUCUAUUCAACCAAAGUGGAGUAGUUACGAUGACAACGUGUGAUUACCCGAACGAAGUAUCGCGUAAUUCGAUUCAAUUAAUCAGCAUAACUGGUGAAAUUUUGAGUGAAUAUUUGGCGACAGAUGGCUUCAGUGAAAUGAUCCAAAUUUCACUACGAAGCUUUCGCAUACGUACUUGUCUUGCACGUCACGAUGGUACGCUUGCUUACCGAGACGAACGCCCACUGAUUGAGACCAGUCGAAUCAUGAUGGUAGUCCAUAAUCAACCGUUGGUUGCUAUUAGUGACGAGAAUCUCAAUGUAACGUAUACAAUUCAAAAUGAUGCCAACACGUCACUCUACGUGCAAUUAGACAUUGAUGGUUUUUUCGAAAAAUUCAAAAUGGUACUCCGUAAUGUCAAAAUCGACGAGAAGUGA